AUGACGCUGCUCACGAACCUUCUGCCCAUUGUCGUGGCGGUGGCCAUCGUCAUGCCCACGCGUGAUGCCCACCUCCAGUUCGAGAAAUGGGCGCGGGAAUACGGGCCAAUCUACAGCCUGAUCCUCGGCACGAAGAUCCUGGUUGUCCUUUCGACGGAUAGGGCGGUCAAAGACCUGCUGGACAAGAGAAGCAACAUCUACUCGCACCGUCAGGAGAUGUAUAUCGGCCAGACGCUUUGCAGCGGGGACCUGCGCAUGCUCAUGCUGCCGUACGGCGGGACGUGGCGGAUGUGGCGCAAGCUGGCGCACUCGCUGCUCAACGUCACAGUGGCCAAGUCCUACGAGCCGUAUCAGAUGCUCGAGAACAAGCAGAUGCUGUACGAGAUGGUCACGCAGCCCGAGCGCUGCAUGUACAACAUCCGCCGCUACACCAACUCGCUGACCACGACCAUGGUCUUUGGCUGGCGGUCGGCGACGUAUGGCGACGAGAAGAUGGCGCAGCUCUUCGACGGCUUCGAGGAGUUUGCCGAGCUGAACCAGACGGGGAUAGCCGCGCUGGUGGACUUCUUCCCCUGGCUCCGCUGGCUGCCGGAUUUCCUGAUGCCGGUUUGCGCCAAGGCAAAGGAGCUGCACAGGAAGGAGAAGGAACUCUACCUCGGACACUGGCUCAAGGCCAAGGAACAGGCCAACGCCGGCACCAUCAUGCCCUGCGCCAGCGAGGACCUCGUCGCUGCGCAGGAGACGGAAGGUUUCUCGGACGACGAAGCGUGCUACUUUACCGGCACGCUCCUCGAGGCGGGCUCCGACACGACAUCCAGCACUCUCUACGCCUUUGUGCAAGCCAUGCUGCUGUACCCGGACGUGCAGAAGAAGGCGCACGAAGAGAUCGACCGUGUGGCGGGCCCUGACCGGAUGCCAACCAUGGACGACGAGCGGCAGCUGCAGUACAUCCGCGCCAUCGUCAAGGAGACGCUCCGGUGGAUGCCGUGCGCCAUCCUGGGCGCCGUGCCGCACGCCGUGACCCAGGACGACUGGUACGACGGCUACCUGAUCCCCAAGAACGCCGGCGUCCUCAACAACGUGUGGGCCAUCCACAUGGAUCCCGCCCGCCACCCGGACCCGCGCCGCUUCAACCCGGACCGCUACCAGAACGACUUCCAGAGCCUUGCCGACGCCGCCGCCAACCCGGAUGUCUCCAAGCGCGACCAGUUCACCUUUGGCGCCGGCCGGCGCAUCUGCCAGGGCAUGCAUGUCGCCGAGAGGAGCCUGUUCCUGGGCGUGGCGCGCAUGCUGUGGGCGUUUGACUUCACGCCGGCGAUGGACGGCCAGGGGAGGCCCAUCAUCCCGGACCAGGAGAGGCUGACGCAGGGGUUUGUCUGCCAGCCGGAGGAGUUUCCCGUGGCCAUCACGCCGAGGUCGGACGCGAGGCGGAAGAUGGUCGUGAACGAAUGGCUCGCUGCCGAAAAGGAGUGUCUGGAUCCGGUGACGAAGCAGUGGCGGGUUUCGCCGCUGGGGAAGGCCAGGAAGCGUGGCAUGAGGAAGGGCGUGCGUGCUAGAGUUGGGGAAUGA